AUGGAUACUGCAGUGACUGUGAACAGAACUGAUGUUGUAACUGACAUACAUCCCUGCUAUGAAAUAGACAAUUUCAAGUACAUUUGGACAAGCAGCCCUUCGAUCAUAUGUGUGGUGUUGUAUAUUUUCCUUGCAAUAUUGUCUAUUGUUACAAUCUGUGGAAACCUUCUUGUGAUAAUCUCUAUCAUUUACUUCAAACAGCUCCACACUCCUACAAACUACCUUAUUCUGUCUCUGGCUGUGGCUGAUCUGCUUGUCGGGGUUAUUGUCUUUCCUUUCAGCAUGGCAUUCUCUCUUAGCUCAUGUCUGUAUCACGAAGAUCUGUUUUACAGAUAUUAUGCAGUGUGUCAGCCUCUGAUAUAUAGAACUAAAAUAAAUGACCAUGUUGUUGUGACUAUGAUCCUUGUCAGUUGGGGUGUUUCUGCUAUAGUUGGAAUAGGUGUUGUGAUUUAUAGAUUGAGAAAUGAAAAAUGUGAGAAAUCAUGUUUAAUUGACCUUGUUAUGGCAAACAACACUGGGCCUAUUUUCUCCUUUUACCUCCCAGUCAUCAUAAUGUUAUGUAUCUACUUUAAGAUUUUCCUUGUUGCACAGAGACAGGCACGCAGCAUCCAGAACACAAAGUCUGGAGCUACUGUCAGUAAGAUGGAGAGAAAAGCAACUAAGACUUUGGCUAUUGUCUUAGGAGUUUUUCUUCUAUGCUGGACCCCUUUUUUUCUGGGUAAACACUCAGUACCAGUUCCUGCCUUAGAAACACUAAACUGGCUCACGCUGUCCAACUCACUGUUCAAUCCAUUUAUUUAUGCUUUCUUUUACAGCUGGUUCAGAUCUGCUUUCAGAAUGAUAAUCUCUGGAAAAAUAUUUCAAGGGGAUUUUGCGAACUCUAAACUGAAUUGA